AUGAGGAACUCUGAUAUCAUUUCAACAGUUGAAUUUAAUUACUCUGGUGAUCUUCUUGCAACAGGAGACAAAGGUGGCAGAGUGGUUAUAUUUCAAAGGGAACAAGAGGGUAAGAGCCGUCCCCACUGCCGGGGGGAGUACAAUGUUUACAGCACCUUCCAGAGCCACGAGCCUGAGUUUGACUACUUGAAAAGUCUAGAAAUUGAGGAAAAAAUCAACAAGAUCAGAUGGUUACCACAACAGAAUGCUGCUCACUUCCUGCUGUCCACGAACGAUAAAACUAUUAAAUUAUGGAAGAUAAGUGAAAGGGAUAAGAGAGCCGAAGGUUAUAAUCUCAAGGACGAAGAUGGAAGACUUAGGGACCCGUUCAGGAUCACAGCACUGCGGGUGCCCAUCCUGAAGCCCAUGGACCUGAUGGUGGAAGCAAGUCCCCGGAGGAUAUUCGCGAACGCUCACACCUACCACAUAAACUCUAUCUCGGUGAACAGCGACCACGAAACGUACCUGUCUGCAGACGACCUCAGAAUCAACCUCUGGCACCUCCAGAUCACAAACAGAAGUUUCAACAUAGUAGACAUCAAGCCUGCCAACAUGGAAGAGCUGACUGAGGUGAUCACAGCAGCAGAGUUCCACCCACACCACUGCAACGUGCUGGUGUACAGCAGCAGCAAGGGCACCAUCCGCCUCUGCGACAUGCGCUCCUCCGCGCUCUGCGACCGCCACGCCAAGUUUUUUGAGGAACCUGAAGAUCCUAGCAGCAAAUCAUUUUUUUCAGAAAUAAUAUCCUCAAUAUCAGAUGUGAAAUUCAGCCACAGUGGGAGGUACAUGAUGACCAGAGACUACCUGUCGGUCAAGGUGUGGGACCUCAACAUGGAGAACAGGCCUGUGGAGACCUACCAGGUGCACGAGUACCUGCGCAGCAAACUCUGCUCCCUGUACGAGAACGACUGCAUCUUCGACAAGUUCGAGUGCUGCUGGAACGGCUCUGACAGUGCAAUCAUGACUGGAUCUUACAACAACUUCUUCAGGAUGUUUGACCGGAACACGCGCCGGGACAUCACACUGGAAGCCUCCAGGGAGAGCAGCAAACCUCGUGCCAUCCUCAAGCCGCGCAAAGUGUGCACAGGGGGGAAGAGGAAGAAGGACGAGAUCAGCGUGGACAGUCUGGACUUCAACAAGAAGAUCCUGCACACAGCAUGGCACCCCGUAGAGAACAUCAUUGCCGUGGCUGCCACCAAUAACCUGUACAUAUUCCAGGACAAGGUGAACUAG